AUGCACGUCUUACUUGGAUACGGGGCUCUCCACUCGGUAAGACGACGACUAUUUGAAUGCGGAAAGCUUCACAACACAGAGACGGGCUUGCAGGGCGUCCGUGAAACGCACUGCGAGCUUGACACUCAAGGACGCGUUCAGAAUGAGCCCACACACACCGCGUUCGAGGGAAACAGAGAAGAGGGGGAGACGGAAAUAGAGAGGAGAUGCCCAUCUGAACCGACAAAGGUGGAGAUCUGCCCACUUAAUUGCACAUAUAUGCUUCACUCACUCUGCUGAUCUCUCCCUCUUGCAGCCAGCGGUACAGUACACAUCUGAGGACCGGCCAUCCAUCGAAUGCAUGGGAGGUACGUCGGCCCUGCGGUACGGCACCACACGCACAGCUGCACUGCACGUGUAUCGAGGGAUGCAGGCAGGCAGGCAGGCAGGCAGGCAGGCCACACGGCGGGUGCUUGUCCUUUGUGUGUGUGGUGCAGGGUGCAAUUCUUGUUGUUGCCUGCCCUGGCUUGACGUCAGUGACGCCAGCGCGGCCACUCGAGAGCUGGCCUGUGGCAUCAGGAAUGGAAGCCUUACGCUCCAGAGGGCCACACACCUGCUGGACAAAGGCGCCGACGCCACACAGAUUGUGAGGAGACGCGAUUUGAAUGACGACUGCGGCCUGGUCCAGCUGGCUGUCUGGUUUCACAAGACGGCUGAGAAUUUGGCCAUCAUCCGGCUGCUGCUAGACCGAGGCGCUGACAUUGACUAUUCCACCACGCUGCAUUACGCCCCCUAUCACACUCGCCCUCGAAUCUGGCCGUUACGACGUUGCCCAUCUGCUGCUGGACCAGCCCAACCUGGAGAUGAGACGGCUGUCGCUGCUGGGGACGGUGGCACUUCAUCCAAUCCCUGUCUUUGAUCAUCCGGUGUUUUAUGGCCGCCUUGUGUCGUCUGGGGAGAAGCUCAAGAUGGCCAAGAGGCUCGCCAAAGUCGGCGGAGCGGAGAUCAUCAAGAACAGCUGGUCCAUAUGCCUCCUCUGUGAGCAUCCUCUCCGGGACCCCUCCCAUCAUCUCGAGCGGCGGAAGACCGUCGUGGACAGGACCACUCUCAAGCUGGUCUGCGCUGCCUCUUAG